CCCCACUCGGCGGCGGCGGCGGCGAUGGAGGCGGCGGCCGCGCGAUGAGGAGACGAAGCACUGAGAGCCCGGCCCAGGAGGAGAUCCCACCAUGCAACCGAACUGCAGCCAUCCGCACGGCGCCCACGGGACCGGCGGCGACCCCCCGCCUUCCCAAAGCGCCCACGCAGCGGGGGGGAUUUCGUGCCAUCCGAGCGGGGAUGCGCUCAUACAGCUGAGCUCUGCCGUGGGAGAAGGCAGAGAAAACGCCGGCUGGAGGCGUUCGAGGCUGAGCUCCCAGAGCCGCUCCCACGGCCACAGCGAGGCGGGGGGCUCCGCUGACAGCGCGGCGGACCCCGAGGAACACAGCAGUUCCAUCUCGGAGCUCAGAUGCGUCCUCCAGUGGCUGCACAGAAGCCUGCCAUACCUCUUCAUUCUGGGCGUCAAGUUGGUGGUGCAGCACAUGAUCGGCAUUUCUCUUGGAAUUGGGCUGCUGACAACUUACAUGUAUGCAAACAAAAGCAUAGUGAAUCAGGUCUUCCUCAAAGAGCGGUGCUCCAAGUUGCAGUGUGCUUGGCUGCUGCUGUACCUCACUGGAUCCUCUCUCCUCCUCUAUUACACCUUUCAUUCUCAGUCUCUGUACUAUAGCUUAAUCUUUUUAAACCCUACUGUGGAUUUUAAGAACUUCUGGGACGUACUUUGGAUUGUGGGAGUCACAGACUUCAUUCUAAAAUUCCUCUUCAUGGGCUUCAAGUGCUUUAUUCUCUUGGUGCCUUCUUUUAUGAUGUCCUUUAAAUCCAAGGGCUACUGGUACAUGCUGUUAGAAGAACUCUGCCAGUAUUACCGUAUGUUUGUCCCCAUACCAGUUUGGUUCCGUUAUCUUAUUGGCUAUGGGGAGCCGGACAGUGUACUUGGAUGGACCCUUGGGACACUGCUGGGCCUUUCCUACCUCAUUCUCAAGCUUUUGAGCUUUUUUGGACAAUGGAGGAACUUCAGACAGGUUUUACGGAUAUUUUGUACACGACCACACUACGGGGUGACAGCGAGCAAGAGGCAGUGCUCUGAAUCAGAUGAUAUUUGUUCUAUCUGCCAUGCUGAAUUCCAGAAGCCUAUCCUGCUGAUCUGCCAGCACACGUUUUGUGAAGAAUGCAUCUCUUUAUGGUUUAAUAGAGAAAAAACAUGUCCACUCUGCAGAACUGUUAUUUCAGACCAUGUUAACAAGUGGAAGGAUGGAGCUACAUCUAUGCGCCUGCAGAUUUUCUAAGUUACAGAGAAGGAGGAAGUGAGUAACUUACAUCCACGAAGGACGUCCUCUCUGAUCUGCCAGUCAGCAGCAUGCCAUUGAGAUGCAGCUCCUCCUUGUCAAGCCCACUCAGGCCAGGGUAGCUGUCCUGCUUUACACACGUACACGCUCACAGACACCCAGAUUCUGCAGGAGACAGAACAGAGAAGAUGACAAAUGGCAUUCAGUGGGUCACUCUUCAAGAGCCAGAGCCUAGGUGAAGGUACCUGUACCUGCUAAGACAGACUGAUCAGCAUCUUUGGGUCCUUUAAGUUCUCAACAAAAUUCCCCCCUCCCUCCCUCUUCCUUCGAAGGCCCACAGUUAAACUUAAGCCCUACUUCCUGAAAAAGUCACUUGGAUUAACGUAUAUUUAAGUUUUCAGUAAUUGCUAUUCAUGUCCAUCUUAUUCUGCAGCAUGUUUAGUCCCAACAAGCUGUGAAAGAUGAGAAGCAGAGCAGGGAUUACCUUUUUUUUCUCCUCAAGCUCAAGUUUGUUUCUUGGACGCAGCUACAAAGCCAAGUUAAUCUAGAAGAGAACAAUCUCUAGAAAUUCAUAUAUAGAAACCAAAUACAGUAAAUCAGUGAGGAUCCGCAGGAACAAUACUGAAGUCAUGCACCUGGUUUUUAAGAACUUCUCUUUCUCCUACACCCAUCUGUAACAAAGGCUAGGGACUGCUCUGUAAAACAGGCAAUGGACUCAAUUAACAGUGACAGCAGUUUGGUUUGAUUCUCUUUUUAACGUUAACUCCCCAAGUAAACAUCCACUGUAUGGGGUGGACACAAAUAUCCUAUGUUCUCUAGCAGUUCAGCUUUUGGAUAUAGCUAGACAUCAAUACAUUUAAAAAAAGGGAUAUUCCAAAGAACCACUGACUCAUUUAUUUGUAUCUUUUAUUAUGAGCUAAUACCAGGAUGACAUUCAGAUGUCAGAUGGCACAAUUAAGACAGUCUUGGUAGGAAUUAUUCCAGCAUUCCCAAAAUUACAAUUUAGUACACAAAUGGCAUCAAAUGUAUGCAUCACUCCCACAGAGAAAAAGGAUGGAAUUCUGAAUAUCUCAUACCAGAAUGAUUUCUGCAUUAAAUGGGAAAAGAAAAACUGCUGGUAAUGCAGCUGACCUAUUAGAAACCUUUUGUGGUAACGCCUCGCAGAACAAAAUAUUGCCCUAUUUAACAUCUAGUAAAAAAAAAUACGACUUUUGUUCAAGUUUAAGAUUUAAUACUUUCAUAUGGUUAGCCAAAACAGGUAUUAACCUCAGUUUUACUAUAUUUUUGUAAUGCUACAAAAAUUCUAUAAAAUCAAAUUAUAGUGAAUUUUUCAGUGAUUAUAAUUAAAAAAGCGCAGCUUGUACAAAAUAAAAAAAAUAAGAUUCUAUACUCUAAUGAAAAAUUUAAGACAUUUUUAAAUGAACAAAAGAAAGCACUUGUUAAGCUCUCCAAUAUUCAAUGCAUUCUGCACUUAUCUGAAAUAGCCAGACAGGAGCUAGAACUCCACUCCCCUCAGGUCGAGACUAGUCAUUUUGACACUACUAUAUAUAUAUAGAGGAUCUAUGUCUGAUAUUUUUUACAAAUAAAUACAGGAUAAACCAUA